AGGUGGAUGCUCUGACCAAGGAGCUGGAGGACUUUGAAUUAAAGAAAGCCGCUGCCCGAGCUGUGACAGGAGUGCUGGCCUCCCAUCCCAACAGCACCGACGUGCACAUCAUUAACCUCUCGCUGACCUUCCAUGGCCAGGAGCUGCUGAGUGACACGAAACUGGAGCUGAACUCCGGACGGCGCUACGGCCUGAUUGGGCUCAAUGGGAUUGGGAAAUCCAUGCUUUUGUCGGCUAUCGGGAAACGAGAGGUGCCCAUCCCAGAGCACAUCGACAUCUACCACCUCACCCGAGAGAUGCCGCCCAGUGACAAGACCCCUCUGCAGUGUGUCAUGGAGGUGGACACCGAGAGGGCCAUGUUGGAGCGCGAGGCGGAACGUCUGGCCCAUGAAGAUGCCGAGUGCGAGAAGCUCUUGGAGUUAUAUGAACGCCUGGAGGAGCUGGACGCUGACAAGGCAGAAGCUCGGGCCUCGC